AUGGGGCUCCUCACCAUAUUGCGCAAGCAAAGGGAGAGAGAGCGAGAAAUACGCGUGUUGAUUCUUGGCUUAGACAAUGCUGGAAAGACCACAAUCACCAAGAAAUUUCUGGGUGAAGAUCUUAAUAUGGUAGAACCUACUUUGGGAUUCAACAUCAAAACAGUAGACUUUCAAGGAUUUACCAUUAAUUUUUGGGAUGUUGGUGGUCAAAAGAGCCUUCGCUCAUACUGGAGGAAUUAUUUUGAGCAAACAGAUGCUUUAAUCUGGGUUAUCGAUUCCGGAGACCAAGAGCGCUUAUUAGCCUGUCGGGAUGAACUUAGGUCUCUGUUGGGGGAAGAACGGCUUUCUGGUGCAACUUUGCUGGUUCUUGCUAAUAAGCAGGAUCUGCCCAGCGCUAUACGCGUCGCUGACAUAGCGAAGCUACUCGAAUUGAACGAAAUCAAGUCGCAUCAUUGGCGAAUUUUCAGCUGCAGUGCGAUGACUGGCGAGAACCUGCUCGAAGCUGUCAGCUGGAUGUGUGAUGAUGUGGCAAGCCGAAUAUUCACGCUUGAGUAA